GCUUAGGUUGCUUGAUAUGACGCAUUUCAAAGGUAUAUGAUGAAGACGCUCAAGUCUAAUUCGAUAGUUUUGCGUUUUGACAGCAAUGACAACGAUGGAAGCGAAAACAUUCUGUUGUUUUCUUCUGUUCCUGUUACCUGUGGUUACGUUAUCAACGAAAACGGACACGUGUGAAUUCGGAGAAGAAAAUUGUAGACAGUAUGAAUUCUCUACGAUGGAGGAACUCAAGGAAAAACUCCUAAAUGACAAAGAGCUCGUUGAAUAUCUUACUAAACAACUUGAAAACAACAUGGAAGUUAACAUAAAUACUGCAGUCACUCAAGAUACUUCAGAAACUAACUUAAAGAAAAAUGGCUUCCACAAAGAAUAUAACGGUCUCUGGUAUAAGUACUUCGAGGAAAAAGAAAAAUUUGAUGUUGCGGUUUGCAAAUGUAAACAAUAUGAAGGCCGACUCAUCUCGACUGGAUACCGUGACUUCACUAUUCGAGAGCCGUUGCUUCAAACUACAGGUGGCGGGAACACAAAUUCAUUUUCCAGAUUCUGGAUUGGACUACGCAGAGACGACACAAAUACGAGUUUGUGGAAUUGGAGUGACGGUAUUCAAACAACCAAUACCGCAAAUAUAUGGAUGACAGGGGAACCAAACAAUGAUGGGGAUGGUGAAUUUUGUGGCAUGAAUAAACUCUCUGAAUCAGGCGAUGAAUCAGUUAACGACGCAUCGUGCAACGCGAAACUUGCAUAUUUCUGCGAAGUAGAAAUAAAGUAGGAUUGGUCAAAUAGAAGUACCUACAUCGGUGUCUGCAGUUCUUGGAACUGUUGAAUGAACAACAUUUGUCUCUCUGGCCUCUGUGACAAGAUAUAAGUCAAAUGUACUUUUAUUUUUCCUCUUUUUUUGUCCGAUUCCGUG